UAUAUAAGGUAGACUUUACAAUAAGCUUCGUAGCAGGGGCAAAGCUAACGUUCAGCUAACGUUAACUAGCUUUAGCAUACUCGGGGUAAACCAUAGAACUAUAAUAUUCAUGUGGUAAACAAAAGGUAAAGCCAUGAUAUUUGAAACAUAGUUUAAUAACGGCACUGUUAAAUGCUGAUUAUGAGCUGGUAAAGCGGUUUAAUCUCUGAUCACCUGUUUUCAGAACUGUGUGAACCAUGGAGGGCGAUGAGAUGGAGAUGACCUGGGAGGAGUUGCAGAAGUUUAUUAGGGACAGUGUGAAUCGCAGGCUGCUUCAGACUCCAGAAGUGAUGAGCAAACAGAGUCAGCUCCUCAACCUGUGGGAUAGAAAGGAGAAACUCUACACGGAUCUUUACAAGCUCUUUGAAUCUGUUUCAAAAUGUGAAGUCACUGUCAGGCAGCUGUAUGCAAAGAUAGGGUGGGAAUAUAAAGAUUUAAACACAGAAGACUGCAAUGCUAGUGCCUCAAAUUGUGGAGCUACAUUUCACAACAUUGAUGUGGGACCUGCUUCUCCUGCUUCAAGUGGUUUUACUGCUACUUGUUUAAAAGAAGAGCAGGAAGAAAUUAAAACUGAAAAAUGUAAAAAGCCAGAGCCGAGGAAAGAGCUGAUGGUGCUACUGGAAAAGCUUCCCAUGAACCUCAGACCUCAACGAUCCACCUGUCGAAAAUUCCCAAAAGUGUACAGUGACAAUGAACUCUCAAACUCCGACUCUGAAUAUCACCCAAGUCUAACCUCCAGUGAUUCAGAUUCAGACUUUUCAAUAUCAAGUCAAAAAAGUGAUAAACACAAAAAGAAGAAAUUCCAAAAAGAUGAAAAAUUUGCCAAAAAAACACCACCGCAGCAAGCAACGCCAAUGCAACAAAACACCACCGUCAUAACUGCCACUUCUGUCCAACCAGCCAGUAGUAACAACACUAACAUAACUAAUGGUACACUUAAGAAUACACCAAGUGGGAUAACACAAGUGAAAACAGAAAAGAAGCUAUCUACAGUCACCGAAACAAUUAAAGCAGCAAAUCACCUUCCUACUGUGCUUGAAGAAGUUUGUGUGGGAAUGCAGGUGGUGGCAAGAAGGAAGCGAAUGACAUGGGAGCGUGGGAACGUGACUGACAUUGUUGAAAAAGAGGAUGGUACAAAAAAAUACAAGGUUAUUUUUGAGGACAAAGGGAAGGUGUUGGUAUCGGGUCAUCAUAUUGCCUACGAUGCAGUGCCAAAACUGCCGCACCUGUCUGUGGGUGCACGAGUGCUGUCUAAAUGUAAAUCGGAACACACUUUCUUCUCCCCGGGUAUCUUGGCAGAGCUUCCAUCAAGAAAAAAUCACAUGAGGUUUCUAAUAUUUUUUGAUGAUCACCGGGCAAUCUAUGUUUCCUUACCUGUUAUUCGUAUAAUCUACAAACCAUUGUCUACCCCACUGGAUGACAUUCGAGAUGAAGCACAUAAAAAUUUCAUGAAAGAAUACCUGGAGAGGAUGCCAUUCCCGCCACAGACACAGUUCAGAAUUGAACAGUGUAUUAAGGUGCAGUGUGAUGGAGUCAUGGAACCUUGCACUGUUUUGCAGAUUGACAGCAGCUUGAUGGAGGUUGUUUUUACAAAAGAUAACCAUAAGGAAUGGAUAUAUCGAGGCUCUAAGCGAUUGGAACAUAUGACAGCUUCAAAAUAAAAUUCAAACAAUUGAUUUUAUUCUUCUUUUAUGUUUUGUCUUUGUGUUUAUAAAAAUUCUGUAUUCUGUAUAACCUGAAUAUUGCGUCUAAACUUUAUUUUAAUAAAAUUUUAUUACACACCUCUA